GACAGACUGUGGACUCAGAGUAAACAGUGCAGUCAGUCAUUAACAUCUGCGUGGACACAAACCGCAGCAAUACCAGACAAAUCUGCGCUUCUCUGCAUUUCUGCGUCUCAUACCUGUUUUGAUUGGCUGCUGUGGCGUGAUGUCCCGCCCCCUGCUGUAUGUUUUACUGUGCUGCUCUAUGUGGACCAUGUCUGUGCGCAGUUUGUCAGUGUUCUCUGACGCCCGCUCCGCCCACUCACUGCUGCGCACCCGCAGAGCCAACUCUUUCUUGGAGGAGCUGAAGCCGAGUAACCUGGAGCGCGAAUGUGUGGAGGAAAAGUGUGACUUCGAAGAGGCCCGUGAGAUCUUCCUCACCAGAGAGGCCACACUGGAGUUCUGGACUGUCUAUACAGAUGGGAAUCAGUGCCGCUCCAACCUGUGCGUCCAUGGCACCUGUGUGGACCUGUUCCAGGCCUACGCCUGCAGAUGUGACCAGGGCUUUGAGGGACGCUUCUGCGACCAGCCCCAGACCCACAGAAACUGCUCUGUGGACAACGGCGGCUGUGACCACAACUGUGAGGAGAGUGAAGAGGGGCCCAGCCGGAGCUGCAGCUGUGUGGACGGGUACAGACUGCACGACGACCAAAAGAAGUGUGUGCCUAUAAACCACUCGUCCUGUGGUCAGCUGCUCAUCAGCCGUUCAUCAUACUCUGAGCCUGUCACUGGUCUGCAGCCCUGGGUGGUGGGGGGCGAGGUGGGCAAGAAGGGGGAGAGCCCCUGGCAGGUGAUGGUGCUAAACGCCCGGGGCCGGCUGCACUGUGGAGGGGUCCUGAUCGAUCAGAACUGGGUCCUGACCGCGGCACACUGUCUGCGGAAAAUCCAUCGCUUCAGGGUCAGACUGGGGGACUAUGACCGGCUGCGUGAUGAGGACAGCGAGGUGGUCUUGCGUGUGGUCAAAACCUUCAAACACCCUCAGUACAACAGCCACACCAUGGACAACGAUAUCGCCAUGCUGCGCCUCGAGGGCCCUGCCCCCCUCUCCAACUUCAUCAUCCCUGUGUGCCUCCCCCACCCCGACAUGGCCCGCCGCGUGCUCAACCGCAACGGCACCCUCACCGUGGUCACCGGUUGGGGCAAGGAGGAGGUGGACAGCCUCCGCUACAGCUCUACCCUCAACGUCAUCAAGAUCCCUCUGGUGGAGAAGUCUGUGUGCUCCCAGCUCAUGACCAACAACAUCUCAGAGAACGUGCUGUGCGCUGGAGUGGUGGGGAAGCAGUACGACGCCUGCGAGGGGGACAGCGGGGGCCCCAUGGUGACGCUGUACAAGAACACGUGGUUCCUGGUGGGGCUGGUGUCCUGGGGGGAGGAGGGCUGUGGAAGGGAGGACAAGCUGGGCAUCUACACCAAAGUGUCCAACUACAAGCAGUGGAUGGACGAGGUGAGACAAGAGUGGGAGCGAACUCAGCCGUCGAACCACCCACACGCCAUCUGACCAUCAGAGGGUACGGAGAGUCAAGAUGCAAUCAGCACACAAUAUUAUCAAUUUGUCAGUGCAAUUUUAACUGACAGAAUUUCAGUUUUAUGUUGGUUUACUUCUGGGGUUGUACUAUAUUCUAUGCACUGUACAGCUUAUACUUUAGUCAGAAUUAUUGCAUACUCAUAUGAUAAUUCCAAAUGUGUCAAUAAAAACUGAUAAUCUUGU